AUGGGAAGUUUAGAAGGAGGAGAAAAGAAGGCUUUAGGAUGGGCUGCAAGAGAUCCUUCUGGUCACCUCUCUCCUUACUCCUACACUUUAAGGAGCACAGGAGCAGAUGAUGUGUACAUAAAGGUUAUAUGCUGUGGAAUUUGCCAUACUGAUAUUCACCAGAUCAAAAAUGAUCUUGGAAUGUCCAAUUAUCCUAUGGUUCCUGGGCACGAGGUGGUAGGUGAGGUGGUGGAGGUAGGAUCCGAUGUGAGCAAGUUCACCGUAGGAGAUGUAGUCGGAGUCGGCGUGAUCGUCGGAUGCUGCGGUAGUUGCAACCCAUGCAGCUCAGAUCUUGAGCAGUACUGUAACAAAAGAAUCUGGAGUUACAACGAUGUCUACACCGAUGGAAAACCAACCCAAGGUGGCUUCGCAGAUACCAUGACCGUAAACCAAAAGUUUGUUGUGAAGAUCCCGGAAGGAAUGGCCGUGGAGCAGGCUGCGCCGCUACUAUGCGCGGGAGUAACAGUCUACAGUCCGUUGAGCCAUUUCGGUCUAAUGGGAAGUGGACUCAAAGGAGGGAUUGUAGGGUUAGGAGGAGUAGGGCACAUGGGUGUGAAGAUAGCUAAAGCAAUGGGACAUCACGUGACAGUGAUUAGCUCAUCGGAGAAGAAAAGAGAAGAAGCAAUGGAACAUCUAAAAGCCGACGACUACGUAGUGAGCUCUGAUCAAACAGAGAUGCAAAAAAUCGCAGAUUCUCUUGACUAUAUCAUCGAUACCGUACCGGUUUUUCACCCUCUCGAGCCUUACUUAUCUUGUCUUAAACUCGAUGGGAAAUUGAUUCUCAUGGGUGUUAUCAACACUCCUCUUCAGUUCUUGACCCCUCUCAUAAUUCUUGGGAGGAAAGUGAUAUCGGGGAGUUUUAUUGGGAGUAUUAAAGAGACAGAGGAAGUGUUGGCAUUUUGCAAAGAGAAGGGGCUUACUUCUACGAUUGAAGUGGUGAAGAUUGAUGAGCUUAACACUGCCUUUGAGAGGCUUCACAAGAACGAUGUUCGUUAUAGAUUUGUGGUUGAUGUUGCAGGAAGUAAGUUCGUCGAGGAAGCUGCAACAACUACAAACUAA